GGUAGUGACAAUGCCUAUAUGGAAAGGUCAGUAAUCAGCCUUAGGAGGAAUUUUUUGUCUACAGGAGACUGCACAGAUUUUCUUAGACAAACAGAUAUAAUUGGGAAGGAGAAGGAGAAGGAGAAGGAGAAGGAGAAGGAGAAGGAGAAGAACAAGAACAAGAACAAGAACAAGAACAAGAACAAGAACAAGAACAAGAACAAGAACAAGAACAAGAACAAGGAGGAGGAAGGAGAAGAGGGAGGAGAGAGGAGAAGGAUUGAUGCUUUCUCAUGUGAAUUGCAUUCAUCUUGCAGCUGAUUCAUAUAAAUGAGCUGGGUUUGAUGUUGCAAAAAGCUCGAGUUUCUCACACUGUGCCACUCUGAAGCUGUUCCUGGUCUGUGCCAGUGAUGAGCAAGAUAUUUCAGUCUAUGAAUGAGGAGACGAAGUGAGUUGUGAAAAUAUUGUUCUUUCUUCUUGUCUUAUCAGUAGAGACUGAGAGGAAAUCCAAAAAGAUCUCUGGCAAGCCACAUGCUCCAAUAGUAUCUUGAAUUUGAAUAUGAAUGGGAAGUGCAACUACCAGAGUAUUAUCAAAAUUAGUUCAAAAAGCCUGUGGAACCUCAUCACUCUAAAAUCUAAAGGAUUUAUGAGGAAACAA